AACUUGCAGUGGAGGCUGGAGCUGUGAUAGGAAUAGCAGCUGAAGGCAUUUAACAAGACUUUGCAACAGCCCACGUUAAAGCACCAUUGCCAGACCUGUGCUGCCACUGAGACAGUCAGUCAGACAGACAGACAGUCAGACAGAGAGAGACUUACAUACACACACACAGAGAGACGUAGAGAGAGACAACUUUAAGGAUAUCUCUGGAUUGGGAUCAAAGUCAAUGCACCUCGAUCUGGGACAAGAAGAAGAAGAAGAACAGCACAGACAGACACACAGUGAAAAGGAAAUAAACCCAACACUUUUGCAUCGUUUCUAAAGCGACUCAGACAUCAGCAGAAAGAGAUGAGGAUUGGAAUAUUGGCGACGUUCUUUGUGUUAGUCACAGGUGAGCUGACAGUGAGUUUGAGCAACGCCAGAGCGGCUGCUAUUGAGGGGCUGGAGAGAGGGGCGAGCCGGGGAGGCAUGAGACAAGAGGAGAGACAUCAUAUAGAGAACCUGAACGGGAUUUUUGGCAGAGAAACAACGGUGAAGUCCACUGCACACCGCACCACUGAGCUGCCUCAAAUACCACAAGUUGCCUUUUACAAAUCCGGCGACAACUCGACCGUGGUUGAGGAGAGAAGGAGCAAAGGCAGACGUGAGAGAAAGAAAGGCAAUGGGAAACGCAAAAGGAACCCAUGCAAAAGGAAAUUCAAGGAUUUCUGCAUCCACGGGGAAUGCCAGUAUUUAAGACACAUCAAAAAAGUUUCAUGCACGUGUUCUUCAGGAUAUGAAGGAGAAAGGUGUAGCACCUUCAUUCUAGCUGUGGAACAUCCCAAAGAUCCCAGUGACAAUAUGACCACGUUGGCAGUUGUGGCUGUAGUCCUCUCCUCUCUCAGUCUCGCUGUGAUCCUGCUUCUGUUUGCCUUCAGAUAUCACAGGCGGGUUGCCAGUUACGAUGUAAAAACUGAAGAAAAGGCCAAACUUGAAAAUGGGAACGGGCUCUAAUUUUUCAAGUGAAAUGGUGCAAAACAGCCAUCUACCUCAUUGAUGGGAGAAAAUCAGAUAAAGAAAAAGAGGCAGAAAAAAAAAUCAAGUUAUUUAAAUGUUAAAUGACAACAA